GUGAGCUCACAACAGAAGGACAUGGUCUGCGUCUUCAGCAUGAUGCUAUAUUAUAUUGUUCAUUUGGGCACAGACCAAGCGCAGCCCAAUAAAGCAGCUUAGCUGAGCGGGUCAGAUUACAUUUGCCUUGAAUUCUGAAAAUGAAGCAGGUCAUUGUGACACUGGAGGGAAGACACUCAUACUUAUGCUCUGACACUCAACAGUGUACAUCUUGCCUGCAGUCAUUGUGAAGUCUAAGGUGAUGUUUAAAGGAACCGCCCUUGAAAGGGACUCAGUGGUGAUAGCCAUAUUACCAUUAUUACCAGGAUGUGGACAGGCAUUCUUUAACAAGGAGACGUUGGGUACAUAUCAGAUUUCCUGUAAGCUUUGCAGUGCGUCGUGACUCGCAAGGCGUGCAGUAGCUGGUUCCUGCCUCCCUCCUUAGAAAACUCAAAGCCACAUUGAGGCAGUCAUAAACAAGCUAGUGGAUACUAGCCGUGGUCUCAACAUGAGCAAGGAACUUGGUACUUUCUGGCCUCCAGCAUCGCCUUUCAUCGCAACCCUUCUUCCUCCUACAAGCAUCACCUGUGACUAGAGGUGAGGGUCUUAAAACAACGGGUACCUGCAGAAGCAGGUAGGAGGAUAAUGAUUCAAGGCGCCCUCAUCAGCUAACCUUGGCCCCAGUAUGACAGUUUUAAUGGGAGCUCUGAGUAGCUGGAACUGAAGCUUGAUCUGCAGCACAAUUUCCAUCAGGCGGUACGCACCGUUGUCUGUGUCUUUGAAUUAUUCAUCUCCCGCGUCAGAUCUGCGCUGAGCUUUUCCGAAUGCACCUUGGAUCACGCUGAUUAUUGGUAUUGUUUUAUUGUUAUCACUUCAUUUUAUGACGAACAGUGCAAUCGAGAUCUUAUGAAGAGUCAAAAGAAGAAAUUAGGGAGCAGAUGGAAACAGCUCUAUUCGUCUUUAGAUUCAAACGAUUCUUUAAUCAAGAAGUUUGACAUUAUUUCUGCAUGGUAAGAAGAUGCUUGUGUUGGUCUUGUUGAUUCUUUCUGUCCCAGUUUAUUCGACGAACUCAGAUUUGGACCCGUCUAGGGAAAUAUGCAGCGUUUGUUCCUGCAUGUCCAUGGAGAACGUUUUGUAUGUCAACUGUGAGAAGAUAACUGCUUUUAGACCCAACGAGCUCAAACCUCCUCCAUCUAAUUUCUAUCACCUUAAUUUUCAAAAGAAUAUGUUAAUGAUUCUUUACCCUAACACAUUUAAGCUGUUCACUCAUGCAGUGUCAAUGCAACUGGGCAACAAUAAAUUGCAGAACAUUGAGGGAGGAGCCUUCCUGGGACUAGGUGCAUUAAAACAGCUGCACUUGAACAAUAAUGAAUUAAAAAUCCUAAGAGCAGAGACUUUCCUUGGCUUGGACAACUUGGAAUUUCUCCAAGCUGACUACAAUUUAAUCAAGGUUAUUGAACGCGGUGCUUUCAAUAAGCUACACAAGCUAAAAGUGCUCAUUCUUAAUGACAAUCUCAUCACCUCCCUCCCUGAAAACAUUUUUAGAUUUGCCUCUUUAACUCAUUUGGAUAUAAGGGGGAAUAGAAUACAAAGACUUCCUUACAUUGGAAUUCUUGAGCAUAUUGGCAGGAUUGUAGAGCUGCAGCUUGAGGAUAACCCUUGGAAUUGCACUUGUGAUUUGUUGCCCCUGAAAGCAUGGCUGGAGAACAUGCCCUAUAAUAUAUACAUCGGUGAAGCUAUUUGUGAGACCCCGACUGAUUUGUAUGGAAGACUUUUGAAAGAAACAAGUAAACAAGACUUGUGCCCCAUAGGGACAGUGAGUGAUUUUGAUAUCCGUAUCCCCCCACCUUCUCAGCUGCACCCUGGUCAAACCACACCCAACGUUACACCAACAGUAAUACACAGGUCAGCCACAAAAGCACCCAAAACAACUAACCCAUCCAAGAUUUCUGGAAUUGUUGCUGGAAGAGCACGAUCUAACAACAGAAAUGCUAGUCAAGGUGUAACGUACCAGACAAAGGUACCCCCACUGGUGCCCUGUCCACUUCCUUGUAAUUGUAAAACGUAUCCAUCUGAUUUGGGAUUAAGUGUCAACUGUCAGGAACGAAAUAUGGAACAUAUGGCAGAACUGGAACCCAAACCACUAAAUGCAAAGAAACUGCACGUCAAUGGUAAUUACAUAAAGGAUAUUGACGCGAUGGAUUUUAUCGGGUUUGAGGGACUAGAUCUGCUUCACCUGGGAAGCAAUCAGAUUAAAAUAAUCAAAGUUGACGUAUUUCUCAACCUUACAAAUCUACGCAGAUUAUACCUCAAUGGAAAUGAACUAGAAAGGCUGAGUCCUGAAAUGUUUUCUGGCCUUCACAACUUACAGUAUUUGUAUUUGGAAUACAAUAGCAUCAAAGAAAUUCUAUCUGGGACAUUUGACAAUAUGCCAAACUUACAGUUGUUAUAUCUGAAUAAUAAUCUUUUAAGAAGUCUACCGGCUUAUAUCUUUGCCGGAGUUCCUCUUGCUAGGCUAAAUCUGAAAAACAAUCAUUUCAUGUAUCUCCCUGUAAGUGGCGUUCUUGAUCAGUUGAGGUCUCUCACUCAGAUUGAUUUAGAAGGGAAUCCCUGGGACUGCACCUGUGAUUUAGUAGCUUUAAAAAUAUGGCUAGAAAAGUUAAGUGAAGGGAUCGUAAUUAAGGACAUUGCUUGUGCAUCGCCUGUCCAGUUUGCUAACAUAGAGCUAAAGUCACUCAAAAACGAUAUUUUGUGCCCCAAACUCAUAAAAAAGCCCUCCACUAUAUUCACAAGUCCGGUGCCUGCCAUCUUUUCCACUACACCUGCAGGUCCCAUGAAAAGCCCCCCUGGGGGGCCCGUGCCAUUGUCUAUUCUUAUUUUAAGUAUUCUAGUCGUGCUUAUCUUGACAGUCUUUGUUGCGUUUUGCCUUCUUGUUUUUGUGUUGAGGCGUAACAAAAAACCCUCCAUAAAGCACGAAGGGAUGGGAAACCAGGAAUGUAAUCCUAUUCAGCUACAGAUCAGAAAAAAUGACCACAAACUGCUCAAGAAAGAUGGUCUUUCAGGUGAAACUUUUAUUCCACAAACAAUAGAGCAUAUGAGCAAAAUUCACAGUGCAGGAUUAAAUGAUUCUGAAGGAGGCCUGAAGUUUUGUGAUACUCAAGGGCAAACGGUAAUUUUAAGAAACAUUGGUGACAAGGAAAAGGAUGGAUUACAUUUGGAUCCUAAGAAAAGGCUAAGCACCAUCGAUGAAUCCGAUGAAUUUCUUCCAGGAAAAGAUUCCAAUGUGUUCAUACAAAAUUUUUUAGAAGGUAAAAAGAAAGAGUACAACAGUAUAGGGGUCAGUGGUUUUGAAAUACGUUACCCUGACAAACAACAAGACAAAAAAUUUAAAAAAUCAUUAAUAGGGGGAAACCACAGUAAAAUUGUGGUAGAACCAAGAAAAGGUGACUACUAUGAGUUGAAAGCAAAACUUCAGGGCACACCUGACUACCUUCAAGUCCUAGAAGAACAAACUGCAUUGAAUAAAAUGUAGAAUACACUGUUUUCUUUUCUACUGAGGACAUUCUUUAAUGCGAAAAGUGCCUUUUGUUGACUUUUAACUUCCAAAUGUCAUGUUAUUGCUAUACAAGGGGAAUGCUGUUUCCCCAUGUAUCUUAAUUGUAGUUGCAUUUGAUUUGUCUAACUGAAAAAACUUUAUAUGACAGGUUUUAUUGAGUAACAUUGCCCCCAUGGAAUCCUUUAAGAAAACACACAACUCCAUUGCCAAAGGGAUGCUGUAUUUGCUUUCUGCAUUACUGUAUAACAAAGCAUCAGAAAAAGAACAGUUUGAUGUCUUAAUGCAGAUGCAUUUUGUCAGCUAAAUGUACUGCAAUUAGCAAACUGAAGUGAAGUACUAAGUUAAAGUACCUCUUUAGAUUUCUCAGUUUGCACAUUAACUGGCUUCAUUUAAAUGAGGGUAUGCUUUAAGUAGUAGGGAUUUUAUGUACCUAAAUUUAAUUAUUGGAGCCUACAGCAUGAGUAGAAAGAAUGUGAGAUGGUAACUAAUAAUGUGUGCUCCUCUGUGAUGUUCUUACUGAUGGCUGUACUGUAUUACAUUAUGAACUUACAGUGGUUUCAAAUGGGUCAAGUUGAGACACAGCAGUCCUAAUAGCAGAGGACAGCUUGUACAUAUUAUAUUUCAGAACAUGCAAAACUGACUUCUUUAGGAUGUUAACAAAUCUGAAAAUGUGCUUGAUGUUUAUGCAGAGAAUCACCUAUAUAAUUCAAUCAAAGUGGAUUGGGGGGGGGGGGGUAACUGAAUUGUGGGUGCCAUUUGAGAUUAAACAAAUGUCACUUAUGCACCCAUGAUUUUUAGAGCUGCUUACAAUGUAAGUGUUAUGAAAAAUGAUAUUUUUAUGAUAUAAUUCAUAUGUGUGACCUAAUUUGUAUUAGAAUUAUUUAAUAUGUAACCAAUACAUAUUUGACAUGGAUAGGUUUUUACCUAGUUAUGAUGCACUGAUCCAGGGAAAAUAAAUGAAACAUAGAAAACAAGCAAAGAAAAAUGCAGUGUAUAAAACAGAUCUCAGAUCAUGUGAUCUGGAAUAAGUAAGAGAGUGCGAUCCCCUGACAUCUUGUAAAGUAAGCAAGCCACCUUUAUCACUUGCUCAUAUCCUAUGUGCUUGACUGCAUUAAGAUUUACAUUGUUAAUCCUGACCUUUUUACUGGCUUACUCUGUAUUUCUGGCAACUUCAUUUGGUAGGCAUUUUCUGUUACUUUUAAAUUCUGCUUAGCAUUGUCACUUAUGGCACUUUCCAGAACAUCCAGUGGUGAUCCUUUCUGGAUAUCAUAGAGGGUCAAAUAUUUUUAUAAUAUGAUAGGCAGCUUGAAAAGCUUUGAACUUUUUAUAUCUUUUGUCUAAUAAAGUUCAAAUGACUACAGCAGUGGAUUUAGUCAGAGGUUUAUAUAACCCACUUUGUAAGUUACACUGUAGUAUAAACAGCGUAACACUUUUAUUUCAGGAAAUGUUAAUAUUCUAAUCACUGGGCAGAAUUGAAUUAUUUCAUAUAAGAUCCAGCUGUUUUACAUACAUUUGUGAAUAUUACAGGUACUUGAUAGUUAUGGAAAAUGAUGGAUAAGUGAAAGGCAUUAGUGACUGCAAGAAAAUAUCAGAUGCGUAGCAGGUUAACAGUGGAUUGUAUUAGUAACUAGUAGGACUAAAUGAGGAACAACUAUAACGAGGUACGAUCCUGUCACUGAAGAAAUGGAAUUGAGAGUGUGUGACUCAAAUCAUGACAAUGAAAAUGUUUAACUACUGUUUUUUUAUGUAAGUAAGCAAUGCCAGGCUAAUGUUUUUAUCUGGCCUUACAUUACCAGGAUUAUAACUGUAUUUUCAGCAUUGCACACUCUGCCAAUUCAUUUUCUUUUGAGUGCAAAACUGAUUUUUGGAAGUAGGCUUUUGCUGUCAUAUUUUGUGCUUUGUUAAGUGUGCAUUUAAUGGGUCAUUAUAUACUUCCUUUCAGUAUUUCUCUUUUUGUUUAACAAUAGUGAUCUUAUGCUAUGAAGUAAUUUCAAAAAGAAAGCUGCAUAUAUGCUUCAGUCUUGAAAUUAAAUAAUGUUCUAUAAAAUGGCUCCCUGUAGGAAUAUGCUGUGCUUCUGUGGAAGAAGAAGAAACAGGUUUUGAUCAAAGUGAUCAAACACCCUGUAUUAUAAUAGUCUUUAAAACAUCUGCACACAUUUUAAUUAUAUUUAAAUCUUAAUACUUUGGGAUUUAUAAAAUUUCCAUUGAUUAGAAAACAGACUACUUAUGUAAGCUGUCUACACAUGCAGUUAUUUUAAUAAUCUAAGCAGCAGUUGAGGCCGUAUCUGAUGUGCUAUUGAUUUUUGUAACUUAUUUUUCAUGCAAUUAAUUUAAGUGCACAGGGAUAUGUAUUGGGUUGUUUUAUCAGUUAACAUCAAAAUGCAUAGCCAUCCUUUUACUAGAAAAAAGCCCAUACUAAAUAGAAGAUUUUUUUUCUAGAAAAAGCCAUAAAAAUCUGCUUGAUAAUUAUGCAGGGAAAAGGUCUCAUGUUUAUUAUGAAUAAUGAUUCUGGGGUUAACACUUGUAAGACUUUGCAGUGAUUCAUAGCAGAACUCCAUUGCUGUUCUAUAUUACUUGUGCAUGUUUUGUAUCUGGACAAUGUUAUGAAAUGAGCACAGUGAGGUUUUGUUGCAUCCAAAGAGUCAGAGAUGACUGAAUUAAGAAUGUAUUUAUAAGUAUUCUAUUUUGAAAUAAAGUAAAAUAAAUAAGUCA